AUGGCUUGUGUGUUCGCGCUGAGUCUUUUGGGGAACGCUUUGUGUGUUCCUGUGGACGUGCCUAGACAUAGGAGAGGAUACAAUGACAAUGAGCUGGAUUUUGAUGAAAUUUCGCGGAGUGAUUUGAUGAGCACAGAUACCUCAGUAGACGAGGCGUCAGUGGCGCCCAUCAACCCGGCAGUCACCCUCCCACCCGUCACGAACACCUACGAAGACAAACGGAAAGAGUUCCAAGCACCAGAGUCCUUUGAUGACGAUGAUGAUGAUUUCCCUGAGAUGCAGACUUCGUCGACAGGCGGCGGUGGUGGGAGCAACGUCAUCAGCUUGUUGAACUUGUUGAAUGGGCUGUUCCCUUCAUCUGGAGGUGCUAACUUUCAGAGAAUACUUCGGAGUAUGCUUCGAGAGUAUAUAAGACUUUACCCACAACCACUACUGCUACCUCAACACAGAUUCAUGCGAAGACAAGGAAUCUUUGAUAAUGAAAUUGACAUUGACGACUCUUUCGACUUGAGACCACCUCCUUUCCAAAGGCAAGAAAGCGAUGAGAAUGGUUCAAACAGCGAUAGCAACGUGUCGGAAACGAAAGAGUCAGAUGAACGUAAGAAAAGUCAGGAGAAAUCUGACGAACAUGAUUCUGAUGAAAGCAACGAAUCUGACGAGAAUGAUGCUGGAGAAAGUUUAGAGGAUGAUGACGAUGAUGAUAAUGGUGACAAUAAUGCGUCUCAGCAAGACGAGGAUUCUAAGCCGGCGUCAGAUGGAAAUGGAGAUGAUAGUAAUGGCGAUAACGACUCUGAUUAUGAUGAUGAUGAGCCGCCGGGAGGCGGGGAUGGACAAGGCGGCGGUAUUUUGGGAAUACUGGCUGGGUUGAGUGGCGAUAACGGCGAGUCUGAUCUGGGUUCUUUACUGGCGACAAUCAGUGGUAUUGUGGUAAAUCUGAGUGGUGACGGUAUAGAUCUGAACAGUCUCAUAGCGUCCGGGAUAGGACUGUUCGCGGGCCUGUUAUCAGAGGGCGAAGAGAACCCGGGCACCAUCAUAGCGCAGUAUCUUUUGACGUCUCUGGAUACUAUCACUGGAGGUGGCGCGAAAAAUAACGGAGCAUUCUUUGGAAAGUUCUUAUCUAAACUAAUUAGCGGAACUAGUGCGGGUGAGGCCCCCGAGGGUGCCUCAGACGAGAGCGGGGAGCCCCAAGGCCCGAAGGACUCCGCCGGGUUCAUAGCAAGCCUGCUCAUGGGGCUCUCAGCAGACAUGUCCAAAACCAGCUCGGCUGGAAGCUCCAAAUGGUGAUCUCGGCUAUAACCGCUAAAAUCGAUUUUCGCAAAUUGCAGUUAUCUUUCUCUUUUACUCCAAUGAAGGCGUAAUUAGAGUGACAGAGAAAGAUGCCCUUAAUUUGUAAACUUCGGUUUUCGCGGUAGGCCCUCUGGUCUCGCUGGUCAUGGUUCAUUAUUUCCGAAGACGACUCAGAGCAUCCAGGUUCCAACAGUGUAGCUUAUGAACGCUAACAUUUUGUUGUCUGAAGGUAUUCCACGGCUUUAAAAAAAUAGUAGCAAUCCAGAACGUAGCAUUCUUAGAACAACAAAAGACUAGCGUUCGCAAGUGAAAUUUACAGAAGAGUAAAAAUCAUAAUAGACAUUUUUAGCACAUCGGGAGUUGUUGGUUGACAAACCUGGUUUGUCGAAACGUACAGGAUUAGAAGAAGACAACAAACAGUUUAUUCAGAUACACAUGAAUUAUACACAGAAUCUUCUUGAGAGACAGAGAGAGAAAGAGGUAGAAAUAGGAAAGCUAAUGGAACCAAUUGGGAGCGCCGCCUGCGUACCCUCGCACCACUCAGCUCAAAUAGACGCUUUCUCUCAAAUAUCAUUUUCUUUCUAAUCGAAAGGAUAAAAAGAUCUUCUUUUCUCUUUAACCACCUUGUAGGAGACAAUUCUGGGUCCCUUUAAAUAAAUAUAAAAUAUUCCAGGACAUUUUUUUUACACAAAUUGACUGAGCCCCACGAUAAGCUUGUGUUGUGGGUACUCAGACAACGAUAUAUAUAAUAUAUAAAAUACUUAAAUACAUAGAAAACAACCAUGACUCAGGAACAAAUAUCUGUAUCAUCAUACAAAUAAAUGCCCUUACCAGGAUUCGAACCCGGGACCAUCGGCUUCAUAGGCAGGGUCACUACCCACUAGGCCCUUUAUUUCAAUAAAUAUUUGUGUCACAAACAUUUUAUGCAUAAAGGAUGACUUACGCUAGACCGGACCGGGGCUUAGCCGGCGCUUCGUUUUCUAUGGAAAGCACCACGUGAUCACCGAUCAGCCGUAUCGGCCCGGGCGCGGCCCGGUCUAGCGUGAGUCAUCCUUAAUACGCCGAAAAGACUUGUGGGCGUCAAUAAUACAAUUCCACGUCAAUGGAGGCCUGCGAAAGUGAUGACAGUGAUAAAAAAUAAGACUGUACAUAAUUGUUCUUAUUUAUAAUAAUUGUAUUCCAUGUGAUAGUUAAUAUUAAGAACAAGGGCCAAAUUCGACAUGUACAACUGUCAGAUUUUGCAUCCACGUCAAAUCAACAGUUGAUUUUAUUGCAUACUGAGUGUUGAUUCCAUCAACGUUGGAUAAUAUGAUUUGGUACAACCAAAACUCAACUCUAAACUAAGGGUGGUUCGGUUUGGUUUGCUUGUCACCCUAACUGUGGAUUGUUAAUGUCAAAUUUUGACAUUGUACGUAUUCGAGAACUUAUGAUUUUUCCCACAUCAACGGGAGAUCAACACGAUACGUCAAACGUCGCUUGUCGAAUAGGGGUCCAAGAAUCUAAGUGUAAAUAAAUUACUGCGUAUA